AUGGGGCACUUGACAACAUUGGCUACGUGCCAGCUCAACCAAUGGGCUCUUGAUUUCGAGGGCAAUUUGGAGAGGAUUCUUGAAUCUAUCCGGCAAGCCAAGGCUGCUGGCGCUUCUCUCCGCGUCGGUCCCGAGCUGGAGAUAACCGGCUAUGGCUGUCUUGACCAUUUCCUUGAGUCCGACAUCUUCUUGCACUCGUGGGAGAUGAUCGCUAAGAUCCUCUCUGAUAAGUCGUGCUACGACAUUAUCCUGGAUAUUGGUGCCCCCGUCAUCCACCGCAACGUGCGCUACAAUGCCCGCAUCAUCUGCUUCAACGGCCAAAUCCUGCUCAUUAGGCCCAAGCUGUGGCUCGCCAACGACGGUAACUACCGUGAGAUGCGCUACUUCACGCCCUGGAGCAGGCCGUGUCAUGUUGAAGAGUACUACCUGCCGAGACUCAUCCAGAACAUCGUGGGUAAGGUCAAGGUCCCGAUCGGUGACGCUGUCAUCUCUACUCGCGAUACAUGCUUGGGCGCCGAGACGUGCGAGGAGCUCUUCACCCCCAGCGCCCCGCAUUCCGCCAUGGGUCUCAAUGGUGUCGAGAUCUUCACCAAUUCUUCCGGCAGCCAUCACGAGCUGCGGAAGCUGAACACGCGCAUCUCCCUCAUUCUUGAGGCAACCCGGAAAUCAGGUGGCAUUUACUUGUACUCCAACCAGCAGGGCUGUGAUGGCGAUCGCCUCUACUAUGACGGAUCUGCCAUGAUUAUCAUCAAUGGUGAGAUCGUCGGUCAGGCCUCCCAGUUCAGCUUGAACGAUGUUGAGGUUGUUACCGCAACUGUCGAUCUAGAGGAAGUCAGGGCCUUCCGCUGUGCUCCGAGCCGUGGACUCCAAGCCGUUCAAGCGAACGCGUACCAGAGGAUUGAGGUUGACUUCAGCCUCUCCGUUGAAGGUGGCGCGCUAGAUGCCAAGUUGAGACCUUCCAAGUCUUUCAAGCCUUUCGUCCACGAGCCCGAGGCCGAAAUCGCCUACGGGCCGGCGUGCUGGCUGUGGGAUUACGUGCGAAGAAGCCGACAGGCAGGAUUCCUGAUCCCUUUGUCGGGUGGUAUUGACUCUUGCGCUACCUCCGUCAUUGUCUUCUCCAUGUGCAGGCUCGUCAUUGAGGCUAUAGAGAGAGGCGAUGAGCAAGUCAUCAGAGAUGUCCGGUCCGUUUGCGGUGAGCCUGAAGGGUCUACCUGGCUCCCGUCGACGCCACAGGAGUUCUGUGGCAGGAUUUUCCAUACCUGCUACAUGGGCAGCGAGAACUCGUCCGCUGAGACGCGCAACCGCGCAAAGGAUCUUGCCAAGGAUAUUGGCGCUUACCACACGGACUUGGACAUCGACAGUGUUGCGACAGCUUUGAAGACUCUCUUCACCACUGUCACUGGCUUUGUUCCGCAGUUCAGGGUCCAUGGAGGCAGUAACACUGAGAACCUGGCGCUUCAAAACAUCCAGGCUAGGAUCCGCAUGGUCAUUGCCUAUCUCUUCGCCCAGCUGCUUCCUGUAGUUCGUGGCCGCAAAGCCCCUGGAAGCUUGCUUGUUCUCGGUUCUGCCAAUGUCGACGAAUCUUUGAGAGGAUAUCUCACCAAGUAUGAUUGCAGCAGUGCUGAUAUCAACCCUAUUGGAGGAAUUUCCAAGACGGACCUCAAGGCAUUCAUCAGAUGGGCAGGGAAGUCUUUCGAGCUCCCGAUCUUGGAGGACUUCAUCAAUGCCACCCCUACUGCAGAGCUCGAGCCCAUCACAAAGGAUUACGUCCAGUCCGAUGAGGCCGACAUGGGAAUGACUUAUGACGAGCUCUCGGUGCACAAGCUUGGACCUUAUGGAAUGUUUGAGAGGUUACUGCACGACUGGAGCGAUCGCAUGAGCCCAAGGCAGGUGUACGAGAAGGUGCGGAGGUUUUACUGGUUCUACGCUAUCAACCGUCACAAGAUGACGACCAUCACCCCUGCGUACCACGCCGAAGCUUACUCCCCCGAUGACAACCGAUUCGAUCUGCGACCGUUCUUGUAUCCGGUGUUUAGCUGGCCGUAUAAGAAGAUUGAAGAGAUGUUGAAGAAGCAUGAAGAAGGCGAGGCAAAGAAAGAGAUCAAAGGAGAAUAG